AUGGAUGACUUCGAGUACAGCAUCCAGCUGAACGACAGGGACUGGGCUGAGUUCUUCCUGGAGUCGGAGGAAUGCGACCUAGCGCCGGCCGCGCUGGCCACGGCCGAGGAGCAGUGUCUCAGUGACAUUGAGCAAGGGGACGGCGUGCCGGGCAGCGGCUGCCACGCCAGUACCAACGGCCAGCUCGCAGCGAGGGUGGGCAGCAGGCCAGAGCUUGGCACGGGGAGCUCGUCCCCACGUGGGGUGCCCGGAGACGCCCCCCCGCGCUGGCUCGCUGCUGGGCACCUCUCCUUGCCCGAGCUGCUGUCGGGCAGCGAGGACGAAGCGGAGCUGGGCUCCGUCGGCAGGUUUCUGUGUGACAGCGACGAGCCCGCCCGCCCUUCGCCCGCCCCGAUGCCCAGCGUGCAGGGGAGGCAGCCGCCCUGCCCCCCUGCUGCCACCCUUGCCAGCCCGGUUAGUGGCAGCGCCGAGGGCAGCCCCGGGCAGGACGCAGCAUGUGAAGCGGCAGCACCGCAGCCGGCACCGGAGAAAGGAGCAGCCAGCAGCGGCCAGGCCAUGGAGCAUCCCAGCCAGGCAGCUGGAGCGAGCAGCCCCGAGCAGGGAGGGGGCACAGGAGGGGCACAGCCCCAUGACAAAGCGGUGGCACAGCCGGGGGCUCCCGUGCAGGACAGCUUGCCAGCACAGUCUGCCUCCCCAAAGGCUUCAGCAAGGAAAAGGCUUGGCAGCAGCGCUUCCCGCUCUGAUCCAGGGGUGCAGGGACCCCUGCGUGAUCCCCCACCAGGGCCGGCGCUGGAGACUGUCCCCAAAGCACCCGGCUCCCCGGCACGGGAGGAGGCGAGCAGGGAGAGAACGGGCACCGAGCCGAGCUCCCCGGACGUGGUGAGGCCGAAGGUGCCAGGACAGCCGAGGAAGAGCCGCAAGCAGCGCGGAGCCAGCGUCACCGAGGCAGCCCAAGGGGACAGGGAACCUGCCGGGACGGUGGCACAAGGGACUGGUGCAGCUGUGAAGACACCUUUGAGCUCCCCCCUGUCCUCACGGAAGGGCAAAGGGAAGGAGAAGGCAGCCAGGCCAGCUCUGGUGAAGCUGGGCAGCGAGGAGGCAGCAGACAGCAAACGGCCAGCGCCCGGCCCUGGCACGGAUGAGGGUGAUCCAGCCAUGAGCACUCCCCUGAAGCAGAAGGUGAAGGAGCCAGGGACACAGCCCCAGGGGAAGACAAAAGCCACCAAGCAGCCAAAGCCAGGACAGGCUGGUGGCUUGGGUGUACGUGACAAUGUGCCAGAGAUCCCUGCCAGCCAGGCUGCAGCUCCCCCGGGAGAGGCAUGCCAGGAGGCACCCCAGGAGCCUCCCCACCCCAAGAGUGUGGUGGCUUCUGGCGGAGAUGCUGCACGGGGUGCUUGUGGGGAGCCUGCAGCUGAGACCCCCAAGGAGCUGGGCCCCCCUUGCUUUGCAGUUGAGGCCCCUGCAAGAGCAGACAGCCUGGACGUGACUUGGCCCGAGAUGUACGACUACAUGUUUUGUGACUCCCAAGGAGAAGAAGAAGAGAUGUGGGACUCCAUGGAAGGGCAGAAGACACCCUUGGAAAGGGAAAUAUCCUUGCCUGAACUGUAUGAGUAUUUUUUCAACGAACCGGAAAGAACCAGGAAAAAAGCAAAGGGUAAAGACAGGAAGCGAAAGAAGUUCAGCAGCUUGGACCACACUGAGCUGCAAAAUGAGGAUCCCAGCUCAGCUCCAGUCAGAGACUCCCUGAUUAUCUCAGUCCCUGAGGUCUAUGAACACUUCUUCAGAGAUGGGACUGGCAGCAGGGUGGGCUGGAGAAGGCUUUUCUCAGUCACCCCAGCCUCCGAGGUGAAGAAAGCUGUGGGGGCUUUGAAGUCCCUCCUGCAAAGGCAUUUGGUUGGAGGCCAAGCCCCAGCCCCUCAGGCUCUCCUGAGGAGAGGAUCUGGAGAGCUUUCCCUCGUCCCACUGGCUCCACCAGGAAGAGGCCAGGCAGAGCCAGGAAGUUUGGACAUGGCCCUUGCACUGAGAGGGGGGCCUGAGAUUCCACUGGCACUGACCCACAAAGACAUGUGCCUUGUCUUCUGUGCCUUUGCCUCCUGGGCAGUGAAGACCUCCGACCUGCAAGCUCCAGAUGCCUGGAAGACCUUGUUCCUGGCAAGUUUUGGCACACUCUCUGCCAUCCGCUACUUCCGAAGGCAGGUCAGAGAAGGACACCCCCGGAUCUAG